AAACCCAUUCUUACGUAAGAGAUUAUGCCCGAGGUUUAGAGUGAAAGAUGACAGUCUUCAUCAGAAAAGGUUAUAUAACCCUUUUCCAAUGUUAUUUCUCUAAAAUAUAGACAGAUCAUUAUGAGAAAAUGUGGAUUUAGGCUACACAAGAAGGCGUACUUUUAGGCCUUUUCGCACUCCACCCGGAUUGCUUUAGGACCCUGCAGCUAGCUUUAUGUUGACACGAGGACGUAGGAUGGACGUAUGAGGAAGUACAAUGUCUUAUUUGUUUUGAGGCGAGAGAGAUGACAACCAGGGGAUCUGGAUCUCCUGCAUGUUGUGUUUAAUACUUUGAAUACUGUAACGUUUUCGUCAUACAAGACCUCAAGUAUUUCAUCUUUUUUUUUAUUCCUCUGUGCUUUUGCUUCAAAUCACCGGCUGCAGAUUAAGUAGAGAAAGUUGCUUGGAAUUGGUAAAACUGAACAGCAUGUUUGGGUUGUCCGUCUUUAUCAGUUUAAUGACUGAGUCAGUCUACGUAAAUGAUCGAUACACCCUCAUUUGCAGAUGUCCGAUCAGGAGUCUAGAACAUUAGAUUAUUGAAUGUAUAAGUGUCGGUUGAUUUACAUGUUAAAAGUGUUGCUACAUUCAGCUUGUUACACUGUAACUUCCACUGUUCCCCAAGAACAGCAUCGCGUGAUAGCUUGGGGCUUUACAACCCGUCAUUUCCGAUAGCAACGUUCUCAAUCGACGCUGGGAUGUGUUUUGUGGUCGGAGAAAAAAACGAAACACCAGAUUGCAGCUAACAAUUCUUAGGGGACAGACAACCUCGUCCCAAACUGUCAAGAUAUCCAAGGUGUCAGUAGAGGCAUUGGCACACGAAUUGGGAGCUAUUCAUGUUCUGUCGUCAACUGUAGCUUGUUCGACACAUAAAAGAUGGAAGAUGAGGUCACGGAACAGAUCAUGUAUGUUCUCAAUCAACUGGUGUUGUGGGUCGCCGCUGGGGCAAUGGUGUUCGGUGGAGUCGUCCCAUACAUCCCACAAUAUCGAGAUAUACGAAGGACACAGAAUGCUGAAGGAUUCUCUACCUAUGUAUGCUUGGUCUUGCUUGUGGCCAAUAUUUUGCGCAUACUCUUUAGGUUUGGACGGUACUUUGAAGCACCGCUACUGUGGCAGAGUAUCAUCAUGAUCGCGACCAUGCUGAUCAUGCUCAACCUGUGCACCAACGUCCGCAUGGCCACUGAACUCAACACCAAGCGGCGGUCCUUUACAGCAACUGAUAUUAAGGAAGAGGAGAUCAAAGUUCCCAAGAAGCUCUUUCUGGACUUUGACUGGAGCCACUUUUGGUCGUGGAGCCGGUUCGUGGACUACCUGCAGUGUGUGCUGGCCUUCACCCUGCUGGCGGCCUACGUCACCUACCUCCUCCUGGACUCCUCGGUGUUUGUGGAGACGCUGGGCUUCCUGGCCGUGUUCACGGAGGCCAUGCUGGGCACGCCGCAGCUCUACUGCAACUACCAGAACAAGUCUACCCAGGGGAUGAGUAUUAAGAUGGUGCUGAUGUGGACCAGCGGAGACACCUUUAAGACGGUCUACUUCCUGCUCACCCAGGCUCCUGUGCAGUUCUGGACCUGUGGCCUGCUGCAGGUGGCCGUGGACGUAGCCAUCCUGUUCCAGGUCUACUACUACAGCCGCUACCCCCAGAAACCUGCCUCCCACGCCGUGUCCCACACCACCAGCGCCAAGGCUCUCUGAGGAGUCUGUGCACACAACCGUCACUCACACACACACACACAACCACACACAACCAUCACUCACACACACACACAACCACACACAACCAUCACUCACACUCACACUCACACAAACACACGCAGUCAACAUCACCUAUGCCAGGUUGUCCACACACAUUCUCAAUCUGAACUUCAUCUGGCAUGAGUACACACAGGUGUUUGUGUUCCGUUACCUAAAGAAACAAUGACUUGUUACAUGUUAUUUCAAAUGGGACUUUGGGGUGUUAUUUAUUAGUCUGUUUACCGUAUGCUUGUGUAUUCUAGUCUCCCGAUUGGUAUAUAAAUAUAAAUAUAUCCAUGUACCUGUGCAUGUACACAAACGUAUGCACAUAUACGCUAAAUGCAGAGCCAUCAAAUGUGUAGGAAACACAUUCCAGGAAAUGUGCAACAAUCGUUGCAUGACAAACCUAUGCCUUAAGACAUUCAAAAGGAGUCUGUCGUCUCACCAGUGAUCAAAAUGUAUCAAAGUCUCAAAGCAACAAAACACUGAAUGUACGAAAUGACAAUGUUAUUUUUGCAUUUAGAUGAGCGUUUGAUUUCAAUUGUAUUUAAGAGACACUGGUCAGUCCUCCGCUGGUCUGGCAGACUGCUACACACUGCUCGGACUCCUCCUGAGGCGAUCUGUCUGGACCCAAAAACGUUUUAGCAAUCUGAUACUGGCUGCCAGAGGACAGGACUCUGGGUGCUCUGCCAGAGGACAGGACUCUGGGUGCUCUGCCAGAGGACAGGACUCUGGGUGCUCUGCCAGAGGACAGGACUCUGGGUGCUCUGCCAGAGGACAGGACUCUGGGUGCUCUGCCAGAGGGCAGGACUCUGGGUGCUCUGCCAGAGGACAGGACUCUGGGUGCUCUGCCAGAGGACAGGACUCUGGGUGCUCUGCCAGAGGACAGGACUCUGGGUGCUCUGCCAGAGGACCCGUCAGCAGGGGCUGGGAGGGAACAGUAGAGACUGGCUUGGGGGUGUCAGUCUCUGAGCAAAGGAUCAAUGGCCCUAACUCAGAGAGGACAAGGGCAAUUGUCUGGGCCAGUGUGCUGGGAAAUGGCCGAGAGACUGUUGACUGGGGGACAGGUUUAUGACUGGAUGCAGUAGAUCUCUUUAAGGUGCUCUUAGGGAAGGGGCAGACCUAUGUUACUGUUCAGGGGGGUUGGCAGCCAUGUUCUCCAACCAUUAUAAUGACAAGUUAGGCAUUUUUCUUUCUUUUUUGUCAGUGUUUCAUAAUGUAUAAGGGCCACAGUAACCCCUUCAGGAGUGUGCGUUAUCUGUGGCAAUCACUAGUCAGAUGUUCCCUCUUGCCAGUUGUAAACAAUCUCUCUUUUUAAUUUUAUACAAAUAUUUAUUCCUCAGCUUUAGAAUGUUGUAGGUCUGCUGUUGGUUGCCAAGGAAGACUACCGAGUGAUGAGUCCAUAUUCUAUGAUAUGACGAACGGUCAUGUCUAGACUCUACCUCGAGUUAUCACGAACAUGCGACCAUGUGAGUAGGUUCUGGUAGGUCACUGUUGAAGCCUACCAAGAUGACACCAGCUAGUGCUGUUAUCAGCUGCUGUGGUUGCUCUGGUGGUAAUGUUAUACAUCUGGAUGGAGCAAUUCUAUCAAGUUUUAUUUUUAUAAUCUUGAAAAAGCCUGUAUAAUAACAUUUUACACACCUGCUACUGUAUAUAUCAGACAAUUUGUAUCAUUAUGAUGAUGGUGAGGAUAAAGAUGAGGCAUGUUGUCAAAUGAAGACUGUGGUUUUAACAGUAUGAAGGUGCACAAUGUCCCUAGUGUUAAUCAGGGCCAGAAUGAUGACAGCCAACUUGCAGUUAACCAUUCCAUUUCAGAUUUCUGAUGUUGUAUUCCUUUUUAUUUUUAUUUUGUUAUAUUUAAAGUUGAAUCAGCCAAAUUAUUCCAAUGUUCUGUAAACCCUGGUGAAAAGCCCAUUUCCUUUCUUAUCCCAAUGUAUAUGGCACACUGUGACACGUCUUUCUAAUUAAUGCACCAAAAUGAUUCCUUUCCACGUUAUCACAAAAAAAAACAUUUUAUGUUCGACUUGAUAUAUAUUUUUCUCACUUGUAUUGUUUUUCACGUAUAAUUCUUUUUGUAGAAUGAUGCCAGUUCCGUUUUUAGAUGUCAAACAUUAUUUUGUCAAACACUUUUUUUAACACAAGGUGUCAAACUGAACAGGAUAAAGAAUCCGUACAGCCAAUGAGAGCUUUUGUGGCAUUGUCUCAAUAAAG